GAUGUGGCCUCACCAGUGCCGAAUAAAGGAGAAUAAUCACUUCCCUAGAUCUGCUAGCUGUGUUCCUACUAAUGUACCCCAAUAUGCCUUCUUGGCUACAAGGGCACAGUGUUGACUCAUACCUAGCUUCUCAUCCACUGUAAUCCCCAGGUCGUUUUCUGUACUGAAAGGCAGAGGAGGCUGAUGCUGGGUUAAUGGUCAAAGUCUUUGAGGUGUGUUGGUGCAAGUUCGAGGGUUUUACAGAUAAGGAGGCCAAUUUUGAAUCGAGUCAUGAACCUAUGUAAUUAUUCAAGACUGAGGAUGAUGUGAUGCUCUUGCUUGGAAGAAGGCAGAAUAUUGCACUUUCUGCAGUUGGGGGAAUUGCAAUAAUGAAGUGGAAAAGAGACUUAAGGCUUGUCUACACUGCAGAAGAUACAGUGGCAGAACUGGUGCUGCAGCUCUGGUCCUGCAAUCCUGCAGCAUAGAUUCAUACUGCACUGACAGGGUUUUUUCCCUUACUGUAGUAAUUCUACUUCCUUGAGCAACAGGAGCUAGGUUGAAGGAAGAAGGCUUCCACAUCUACAUUGGGGGUUUAAGGCAAUAGAGCUGCAGCUCAGGGGUGUCAGUGCUGUAGCUAUGUCAACCUAAGUUUAAGUGUAGAGAUCAGACUUAAAAUCUGAAUGAAGAGUCAUCAGAAGUGGAUCAGAAAAACUGGGGCAGUGACAGAGGCAGUGUUUCAGAGGUCUCAUGGAGAGGUUCCCAGGUAUGGAUAAGGAAGGAGAAAGAAAGAGCAGAAUCCAGUCUGACAAGUUAUGUACACUGAAUGCAAAUGGGAGGUUGUUGAGGGCUUACAGUAUGUGGGCUUGAGGAUACCGCUUUUCCCCAAGAGAAUCCUUUUUGUCUCUGAACUCUUGCUAAACUGGAGUGACAGAUGAUUAAACUGAUUAUGUGCCAGAGCUUGAAAUUUUCAAAAGCAUCUUUGUUUCAUUUACUGUUGUAAUGUCAGGCUAGUUAUCAAUGCAGAUGUACUCUCUCACUGCUUGGAUUGCUAGAGAAUUAACAAAAUUGUCCUUUGGUAGUGACUGGUUCUGGUACCCCCGUGAUCAGUACAUUUAAGUCUGCAUUGAAAGUUUUUUCUAUUUCUAGUACAUGCAUUUCCUGUACUCUAAACUCUUGCAUUCUCUGACAAGUGCUGAACAGUUGUUUAGAUUUGUGUACAUCUGCAAUUUGUUCCUUUUAUGAUUCAAAAUAAAAUAGCUAUGGUCUAGUGUCCACUAGUUUUGUAGCUUCUUACGCUCUGAGCCUUGUUAGGAACCUUCUUUCUAAUCCAUGUGUGUACAGAUCCCUAAUGUAGCAGAUGCUUGUGAUUUUUAGUAUCCUUGAUGCCAUUUAUUAAUUGCUAGUAUUACAACUUACUGAUAUUGCAGUAGUACCUUGGAGGCACAGUAAUGAAUCAGGAUCCCAUUAUGAGAGACAUAAAAUUUGUCUGUCUUCUGCAGAUUAGUUGUAUAAAAUUGUCCAGUGAAAAGAAAGUUGCUUGUGAUAUGCGUCUAAAAUUUCAUUUGCUCAGCAACCUUUCCAGUCCCACUUCAUUUAUGAGCGUUGUUGAGCUAAUUCCUUAAUAGCUGCUUAUGUACGUUUGAUGCGUCUUUAGAAAUGCUUUGCAGGCCUAAUUUGUUCUGCUGAAAUGGUGCAAUUCCUGUGAAUGUGCCACGUUCAGUAAUGGCAUUUGUUGGGUGGAAAAUGGGUGUAAGUGGCCAAGUACGAUACACUCACUUUGCCUGGCCCUGUAUAGCACAAGGUAACUUACAAAUCAAGAGAGGGAUGUGCGGGGCAGGUGCAAUAGGCAGGUGGAAACAAAUGUAGGAAGCAGCCUGCCUUGUUAGUUGCAUUUCCUGCCUGCCUACCUCUCAUUUUGCUUACCCAAUGAUUUACGGAUUGGUCCAUUUACACCUACACUCUAUUUUACCACUCCUGGUAUCUUUUACAUGUCAGUUUCCCACUGAAUUUGGUCCUGAAUCUCCACUAGAUUUGUCUAUGCUGUGUGUUAUAUAAACUUAUAUGUGUAAAUUAUUGCUUUGUUUUAUGUUUUUCUUGACUUAGACUUAUAGAAAAAUCUACCUCUGUUUUUCUAUGCCAAUCUCUUUGAUUGUAUUCUUGUAGGUGAAACAUGGGACAGUUUCCGUGGAACGCUAGGUGACUUCUUGACAUCCCGGUUACCAUGACACUCAGCAGAGGACCAUGGGAAUAAAGUGGGAAUGCCUCCCUGCCCUCAAACACCUAAUGGCCUCAACUAGGGCUCACCUGGUGUUCUAACAUCAUGGGGAGCUGCUACAGCUGCCUGUGCGGAGACAGUCUCCCAGACAACCACCCCACCAAGUUUAAGGUAACAAACGUGGACGAUGAGGGUAACGAGCUGGGAUGUGGGAUUAUGGAGCUAACGCAGAUGGAGCUCAUCUUGCACACUCACAAGCGGGAUGCUGUCAGGUGGCCGUACCUUUGCUUGCGCCGUUAUGGCUAUGACUCCAACCUCUUCUCCUUCGAGAGCGGGCGCCGCUGCCAGACCGGACAAGGGAUAUUUGCCUUCAAGUGUUCAAGGGCGGAGGAGAUCUUUAACCUGCUGCAGGACCUGAUGCAGUGUAAUAGCAUCAAUGUGGUGGAGGAGCCAGUUGUCAUCACUAGGGGCAGUCACUCCACCGAGCUGGAACUACCCAGGACACCCCAGACACCCAACACUCUGGCGUACACUGUUCCAGGGUUCCCCAAUGGAUUCCACAGCUUCCCUGGGGAAAUCCCAACCUACUCCACAGCCCGACACCCUUCCAUGAAUAGCUUGAGACACUCCUCCAUUGGGGAGGACUCCACACAUGCCCUCAUUGGGGCAGACGAGCAGUCCCACACCUAUGUGAACACAACCAGUGGUGAGGAGGAGGUGAGGGGUCGGCACUGCAUGCACUCGCUGCCUGAAGUUCACCCUCCUUUCCUGCAUGGGAACCACAGCUGCUCUCUGGAGGGCCGAAACCCCCAGGUCUUCCUGCAGCCAGGGGAGGUGAAGUUUGUGCUGGGCCCUGCCCCAGUUCACAGGCACAUGGUGAAACGUGACAGCUCUUGCCCUUACCAUCGGGAAUGUGGAGGGCACGUCUGCGCCCCUACCAACAACAACGAGUGCAAGGAUGAGUGCCCCGUGCCCAGGUGCGUGUACGAGAAUGUGAACGGCCUGCUGCCUGCUGGGGGCGUGUCUCUCCGGCGUGGCGGGCGCUUGAAACUCACCCGGGAGGAGCUGGGUUUAAACAGCUGCACACACCGCAGGAUGCCCCUGCUGCACUACGAGAACCUGCCUUCGCUGCCUCCUGUGUGGGAGUGCCAGCCGCUGCGGCAGGAUGAGGACAACGAGGACUCUGGCGACGCGCUGACUCCUUCUCCGAACGGGUACCCUGAGCUGGACGAAGAGGAUCCCCUGCAAAACUACAUGAACUCAGAAAGCACCAUGCUGCACAGCAGCCUGCGCCGGGAUGACUUCUUGCAGCACCGCCACAACUGCACACCCAGUGUCUUCAGUUUCGACUUCCGCCGGCCCUGCCCGGAGCAGCAGCGGCAGCUCAACUAUAUCCAGGUGGAGCUGGAGGCUGACCCUCACAAGGGGUGCCAGAGCCUCCAGGUGCCCUGCGCCCCGCUUCCUGCCUCCCACCCCGCCCGCAGGACGGACUCCUACGCAGUCAUUGACCUUAAAAAGACAGCAGCCAUGUCCAGCUUGCAGAGGGCGCUACCCAGAGACGAUGGGACUUCAAGGAAAACUCGGCAUAACAGCACCGACUUGCCUCUGUAAGGGAAACACCCAGUGCAAGCGCUGCCUUGUGGCUUUCGUAUCUGCCUUUCAGUGUAUCGUGUAGCGUAACUUUCGUUCUCUCUUGCCUUGAUCCCCUGUUAACCCCGUUGCUCAACACAGCAUCCUGGGAUAGCUCCAUCAAGCAGACUUUGCAAUGUCUGUCAGCCUCUCCCCCCUCUCCGUUCCUCCUGUGUCGUUUGGUUUUAAAGCCUUGCAGAGCACCAGAAAAAAAUAUUUAUUUAUGUAUUUAUUUAUUGUGUGGGGUGCCAGCAAUUGAAAUGGCAUUAAAUGGAGCAUAAUUCUAAACACGGACCAUGGUCAAUCCCCCUGCUUUCAUGGCAUCCAUGUCGGCAGCCUGUGGAGAGAAGACAGCACAGAAUUAUGGGAUCAUUUAAAAAAAAAAAAAAACCAUCGAAGGAGGCGGGGGAAAGACUGGAAAUGCAAGUGGAGUUUGAGGUUUGGGAUCAGUGAGCCCGUGGUGUGAAUGUAUCUGUCUGUCCUUUUUUGUGGAUACUCAGCAAUGUUUUCCAUCUGUAGGUUUAUUUGUUUUAUUUUCUAUUUAUUUACGUAUUUUAUUUUAUAAAUGUUCUUGUGCAUCCAAGUUAAGUGCUGAGCCUGUGGCGACACAAAGUGGAUCUGUUUGGUGUUCAACUCCCUUUUUGGGGGCCAAGUAUAUGGAGGGAAAGUCUGAUGUAUCACAUCCAGUUGCCUUGAGGAAAGAGUAGAUGUGAAUCCAAAUUGUUACCUGGAAUGCACUGUAGUGGGCUAGUGGGAGUGAGAGAAGAAAACAUGGACACCUGAGCAUAAGUGGGAGGCAGUUCUAUCUAAGAAGCAUUGCCUGCUCCCAUAUACCUUGUUGAGUCCAUGUGAAAUAAUUGACUACAGCUUGGAACUCUCUGGUCUGGCACCCUCCAGACUUGAGUGGUCCCGAACAAGGGAGUUUGUCGGACCAGGAGAGGACAAGUGUGGGGCUGUCCUGGGGCCCCUCUCCUGGCCACUGGCCUGGCCAGUGCACUGCCCCAAGCCAGUGGCAGGGCUUCACUCCCAGCUGUUGCAUUGCUGGAGGCUUCCCAGUUUCCAGCAGCUCCGCGUCCUCUGGCUGCCGGCGGCUCUAUGUUCCUGGCCAGCGGUGGUGCCGCACCUCUAGCUGUAGGAGCUCCCUGCCACCGGUGGAUCCGUUCCCCCAGCCAGCAGGGGCUCCAUGUCCUCACCAGCAGAGCUCCGUUCUCGGCAGGCAGGGCUCCUGCCCGGUCUUGCUCUGGCUGCUGGCUGGGCUUCCUGCCCCCAGGCCAUUGGCCCUCCAGGCUGCCUCAAGCUGAGUUGAGCCACAUCUGCGGUCCUGCCAUACCAUGGAUGUUGCCAGACCAGAGUGUCCUGGGCAGCAGACGUUCAACCUACAGUAUUUUGACUAAAUGGGCUCAUUUCCUUGUAUUAUAGACUUGAAACACUAAAUUGAGCCUUAGUGCAACUCCAUCAGCUUUGAGUGGUUGUAACCAGUUACAUCAAAUUCAGCCCUGGGAUAUCCCAUCACGGCCUUCUGUAGAAAUUUGUGUGUGUUGCUCUACUUCCCGUCCACUGUGGGAUGUUCCAGUGAUAACAUUGUCUGUAUGAUUUGAUUUGCUACAGGCCACGCCAGUCUCUCCAGCAUGAAGCAUUAUUGAUUUCACUUCGCUAUUCUCUGUCACUGCUAUGAGAUGCAAAAGAACUCUUGGAAUUACAUUAACUUUU